AUGAAGCUCCUUGCAAUCACGGCUCUCUUCAUCGCCGGCACCCUUGCCGUGCCCGCAAGCUCCUACCCGCCGCCUCCUCCUGAAUACGGUGACGGGCACAAGGGUGACGUCGGCUACGGCGGUGAUCACGGAGGUGACCACGGCAAAGACCACGGCAAAGACCACGGCGGUCACUAUCCUGGUGAUCCCAAUUACCCGCCCCCUCCUCCUCCCGGCUACCACAAUGGAGGCUCUGACAAACCUCCCACCGACGGGGAUGGCUAUCCUUCUGACGGCGGGGAUGAUGGCGAUGAUAGUGACGGCGGUGGCCAUGGCGGCGACAGAGAAAACGAUCCUUCCGACCUGUGCCCUACUCUGCUUUAUUCUAACCCUCAGUGCUGUUCUGCAAGCGUGCUCAACAUUGCUGAUUUAGACUGCGAGCCCCCCAGGAAGAGGCCUAGCCGCAAGCACGACUUCAAGCAAAUCUGCGCAGCGCAGGGCAGCGACGCCAAGUGCUGCGUUCUUCCUCUGCUGGGCUUGGGUAUUCUCUGCACCGACGCCAUCGUCUAA